AUGGAUGAUUUUGAAAUAGAAAAUAUAUUAAUAAAUAUGUCAGAUGAUGAUGUUUACUCGUCAGACGAAUUUUCUGAGUUUGACGACACAGACGCCGACGAAGAUUACUUUCCUGAGGGUAUUGAACAUCUACAAAAUAAUAGUGAGUCAGAAGCAAGCAUAACAGAUGCAAAUGCUACGAUAAGUCGUCAACAGAUUCAAUCUGAUCAGGUAAGCUCACCUGAUGUGUCUAUAAAUAUUCAACAAACAAAUCAGAACGUAGCAAUUUGGGGAACUAUAAAUACCACAAUUAAUUAUUCAAAUUUCACUUAUAAUUCUACAAGGGAAACUGUAGGUAUUAACCCGGAUAUUUAUGAAACCAUGUAUGGUGGAAGCCCUUGGGAAUUUCUUUCACUUUUUUUGGAUACUGAAGUUUUUAAUCUCAUUGUUACUGAAACUAAUAGAUAUGCUGGUCAAUUACUUAGUACUCCACUUCGUCGUCAUUCGCGACUUAAUGCUUGGAAAGAAACAAAUGCUGCUGAAAUUAAACGAUUUUUAGGUAUUAUAAUGUGGAUGGGACUAGAACACCUCCCAACAAUUCAGAACUAUUGGGCUAAAAAAGGGAUUUACUCCUCAAAAAUUUCAAAGUAUAUGAAAGUUAAGAGAUUUGAAUUAUUACUCCGAACAUUUCAUGUUAGUAACAACCAUGAAUGUCCUCCUGGAGAUAGACUUUUUAAAGUUCAAGGAUUGGUUGAUCUUUUAGUUUCCAAGUAUAAGCGUGCAUAUAUACCUGAAGAAUCGCUAUGCAUUGACGAAUCUGUAAUACCAUUUAUUGGACGCCUUUCAUUUCGACAAUAUUUAAAAAAUAAACGACAUAGUUGA